AUGGUGUCAGGAGGAAAGAGGAGGAGGGUCUUCUUGCUUGUAAUCCAAAAAAUUCUUCUACUAAUUGUAUUGUGCUUAACAAGUAGGUGCUGCAAAGCCCAGCAAAAGCAUGAUCAGCACUGCAAUACUUCGUCUUGCGGGAAUAUCCGUGACAUACGCUACCCUUUCCGGCUGGAAGGCGAUCCCCAGCACUGUGGUCUUCGCGACUACCAACUUGCCUGCAACAACAAUCGCGCUAUACUACAACUUAAAAGUCCUCCUGAUGCAGGGUACGACUACAAAUUCAACUACUCCUACUACGUGGAGGCAAUCACUUAUGACAACUUCUCCAUUCGACUUGUUGAUCCCGGUCUAGACAAGGAUAAUUGCUCUUCUCUUUCACUUCAUUCUCUGCCAUAUAAUUCUUUUAGCAGAAACUCCAUUUUUACACGGAGAUUCUUUCCUUCUUUCAUAGGUUCAUAUAAUAAUUAUGAUGUUGUAUUCAUAAGCUGCCAGAAUCCUGUAAAUAGGAGUGGAUAUGUGGACACUGGCUUUUGUGAUAAAAGAAACACUACUUCCACCUCCAACACUACUUCACCAUCUCCGUUGCAAAAUCAUAAUUAUGUUGUAUUAGGAGAAAUGGAUUUCUCAGAACUGGAGGACUCCUGCAACAUCGGCAGUUCGGUUUUGGCAUCAGAAGAUAUUCUACGGUGGCUCCUGACGGGAGACAACAUUUCUUUUUCGGACUUAUAUGACGGGCUCGCAUAUGGGUUUGAGCUUAGAUGGUAUCGCGUCUAUUGUGGACAUUGUGUAGCAAGAGGCGGCGAGUGCUAUUCCAUAGAAAAUAAUAUCUAUUGCGACUACUGCGCUGAGCUAAGUUUUGCUUUUGACACCCGCAUAUUCCAUUGUGAGCUUGGUUCAGCGGUUGCUAUAUGUUUGCACUCUAGUAUACAAACCAAUCGGAUGGUUUAUUGCAGCAAGGUCCUUCUGCGGGAUUUCAUUUCUUCUCGCAUUAGUGGUAUAUAA